GUACGAGAAGCAGCUUAUUCUUUAGUAGUAAGUUUGUUUUUAUAUUCGGAAUGAGUGUGUUUCUAGAAGAAAUUAAUUUAAUUACGAAUACCCCCACAAAAGGUUGGCAUUGCUUUUGUCCUCUCUUUUGCCAUAAUGUUUUCUGUACUUGUUAUUAUACCUAUAUCAUAUCAAUACAUAAAUGGUAUACAACACCGAAUUAUAGACGAAAUGAAAUUUUGCAAGGCAAUCUAGUACAAAUAAAAAAAACUUUACUUUUUACUUUAAGCUUUCUAUAA